AUGGCAGCCAAUGCGGAAAACGUUCCGGUGGAUACAUCCUUGAAUACGUUUAUCCGAAACUAUGCUCAUCUUUCGGGAACUAAGUUCAUGUGUCUGGAAGGUGGUUGCGGUUGUUGUGUGGUUAACGUGUCCGGGCUCCAUCCUGUUACGAAGGAAACUAAAUCAUGGUCCGUUAAUUCGUGUCUUUUCCCCGUGUUUGCUUGCCAUGGAUUGGACAUCAAAACCGUUGAGGCUCUCGGUAAUCGAAAGGACGGAUACCAUCCGAUACAGGAACGAUUAGCUCACAUGAACGGUAGCCAGUGUGGCUACUGUUCACCCGGCAUGGUUAUGACCAUGUACAGCUUGAUGGAAUCAAAGCAGGGAAGUGUCUCGAUGGAAGAGGUUGAGAACCAGCUCGGUGGCAAUAUUUGCCGUUGUACCGGUUAUCGACCAAUUCUCGAUGCGUUCAAAUCCCUCACAUUGGACGAUAAGCCAAAGGUACCAGACAUUGAGGAGAUACAAAUUUGUCCAAGAACAAAUGCCGUCUGCUCAGCUCAGUGUCCCGUUGUUGCAUGCGUUGUUGAUAAAGCUCGUCCUGUGCGUAUAGUUUUCGAGAGUACUAAAGAAUGGCAUAAAGUGUUUUCAGUUGGUGAUAUCUUUGCUACACUCAACACUAUCGGAUCGAAACCGUACAUGUUUCUUGGCGGUAACACUGCUCAUGGCGUUUAUCGUCGAAAUGAGUCCAUUCAAAUCUUCAUUGAUAUUAAUUCUGUUGAGGAACUGCGCGAUCAUUAUCAAACGUCCGAUCAUUUGAUAAUUGGUGGAAAUGUUACGUUAGCCGAGUUAAUAGAAAUACUUCGUAAAAUUGCGAAAAAGCUAUCUGGCUUCAGCUACUGUGCUGAAAUGGGGAAACAUUUACAGCUUGCUGCUAAUCCUGCAGUUCGUAACGUUGGCACGAUUGCGGGAAAUCUUAGCAUAAAAAAUCAUCAUCCAGAAUUUCCAUCCGAUCUCUAUAUUCUGCUCGAAGCAGUUGGUGCAAAAUUAACUGUAGCUGAAUCUCUAACCACACAAUCCGAAGUAUCACCACUACAAUUCAUACAGUUGUAUAUGACGAAAAAACUUCUUAAAAGCGUAUCACUCCCAGCCAUUGUAAGCCAAACAUAUGUGUUCCGAUCGUAUAGAGUGGCCCAACGAGCUCAAAAUGCUCACGCUUACGUUAAUGCCGCCUUUCUGUUGCAAUUUGCCAACGACAAAGAAACUGUUCAGUCAGCUAUGUUGUGUUUUGGCGGCAUUAAUCCCAAGUUUACACACGCCUCCCGCACGGAAAAGCUUCUCGUUGGGAAGAGGCUGUUCGAUAACACCACCAUUCAACAAGCGAUCAACAGUCUUGCGUCGGAAAUUCAACCCGACUGGAUCCUGCCGGACGCCUCCGCCGAGUAUCGUAGAAACCUUGCCGUUUCUCUCUUCUAUAAAUUCCUCCUUGCUGUUGCAAGCGACAACAAUGUUCCGCUUGAUCCUCGCUUCAAAUCCGGAUCUACCAUGCUCGAGCGACCACUCUCAUCCGGACAACAGCAGUACGAUACCAUCAAGAAAAACUGGCCCGUAACGAAAUACGUGCCAAAGCUAGAAGGCUUAGUACAGGCAUCUGGUGAGGCAAAGUAUACAAACGAUUGUCCACCAUUUCCCAGAGAGCUACAAGCGGCGUUUGUCAUUGCCACUCAGCCAAAUACAACGAUCGGAAAGAUUGAUCCUGCGGAUGCAUUGCGUCUUCCAGGUGUAGUUGGCUUUUUUUCUGCUAGUGACAUUCCCGGUACAAACAGUUUUGUCGCCAAUGGUAUGCUUACACCCUUCCCGGAUGUGGAGGAGAUUUUUUGCAGUGGACGUGUACUAUUCCAUGGGCAAGCGGUUGGUGUAAUUGUGGCAGAGCGUUUUGAUCAAGCAGUACGAGCUGCCAAACAAGUCAAGAUAAUCUACGAACGAGUAACGGAUGAGCCUGUUUGUCCAACAGUCAAACCCAUUCUAAUGCACAACACAAAGAAAGAUGUUGAGGAUCAUCUAAGUCACAAUAACUUCCUACCCACAGUUGAAGAACAGUCAGUACAACAGAUUCAAGGGGCGAUUGAAAUGUACGGACAGUAUCAUUAUCCGUUAGAAACUCAAACAUGUCUAUGCGUUCCCACUGAAGAUGGGAUGGAUGUCUACGCGGCUACACAAUGGAUAGAUCUGUGCCAAGUAGCGAUUGCUGCCGCGCUGAAGGUUCCACAAAAUAGUCUUAACUUUACUGUUCGGCGUUUAGGUGGAAGUUAUGGAGGUAAGCUUACGCGUGCUUGCCACAUUGCUUGUGCCUGCGCUUUAGCAGCUCAUCUAACCAAACGGCCAGUACGAUUCGUCUUGACGAUUGAGUCAAAUAUGGAAACAAUCGGCAAGCGAUGCGGUUGCUUCAGCAGUUAUCAAGUGAAAGUGAACGAUGAGGGCUACAUUAAACAGCUCUCCAACAACUUCCUAUAAGACUACGGUUCAAGCCUGAACGAUGAUGUGUUAAUGUUCACGAACGAAGCUUUCAAGCUGUCCUAUGAUUCGAGCAAAUGGACAUUUACGGGCAAACCCGUACUUACGGACGCUCCCUCAAAUACCUGGACACGCGGCCCUGGUAUGACGGAAGGCAUUGCCAUGGUUGAAACAAUCAUGGAACACAUUGCCUGGGUUACAGGUGUCGAUCCGAUGCUGGUGCGACUAAGAAAUAUGCACAGCGGAAGCAAAUUUCAAGUUCUUAUGCCACAGUUCCGCCAAGAGGUGCAGUACGACAAGAGAAAACAACUCAUCGAUGAAUUUAAUGCCACCAACCGAUGGCGUAAACGAGGUAUCGCUAUUGUCCCGAUGCAGUAUCCUUUGGUGCAUUUUGGUGCUAUACAUGCACAGGUGUCUGUCUACGCAAAGGACGGUACGGUUUCGAUCAGUCACGGAGGAAUUGAAGUUGGACAAGGUAUUAACACCAAGGUGGCUCAAGUUGCUGCUUUUACGUUGGGUAUACCACUGGAGAAAAUUUCUAUCAAACCCACGACCAGCAUGACAUCUCCUAAUGCCGCCAUGACUGCAGCAAGUAUGACUAGUGAUGCUGUGUGCUAUGCUGUAAUAAAGGCGUGCGAAAUUCUCAACACUCGUCUACAACCCAUCAAGAACGAGCUUAAAAACGCCCCUUGGGAAAAGGUUACCCAAACAUGCUACACCCGAGACAUUGAUCUGAGCGUUCUUUAUCAAUAUAAGAAGGCUGAUCUGAAGCCUUACAGCAUUUGGGGUUUGAGUUGUGCGGAGAUCGAGAUCGAUGUUCUUACUGGUAACAUACAACUUACCCGUGUCGAUAUUCUCGAGGAUACUGGAGAGAGUUUAAGCCCAGGAAUCGAUGUUGGUCAAAUCGAGGGAGCGUAUGUAAUGGGAAUCGGAUACUGGUUAACAGAGUCACUCAUCUACGAUAUGACCAACGGUGCAUUGCUGACGAACCGUUCCUGGAACUAUAAGCCUCCAGGAGCGAAAGACAUCCCAGUGGACUUCCGCAUUCGGCUCAUACAAACCGGUGAUAAUCCCUCUGGAGUGUUACGAUCGAAGGCAACUGGAGAACCUGCCAUAUGUAUGGCUGUGGUUGUUGUACUUGCACUAAGAUAUGCCUUACGAUCGGCACAAAAAGAUGCCGGGUGUCCGGAUGAUUGGAUUCCAUUAGGAUCAGCUACAACUCCAGAGCAAAUAUUUCUCAAGUCAUCCAACACGUUUGAACAGUACAAGCUACAAUAAAAAUUGAAUAAAUAAGAAAAACAACACAUUAAUGGUUCAUACGCAUUAAACGAUAAGUGACAAAAUACAAUAAAAAAUUAAGUUUACAUUAGGAAGUUGAGUGGCAUAUUUAGACUGCUGUAUCAUUUAGUAACAACCUAAAUGCGUAAGAGAGAACACUUUACCACCACCGUCGAUAAUGAUUAUUUCUGACAGAACAAUACACUAUCUGAAUAGUGAUCAGCGAUGGGUGCACCCCACCCGAUCGAUAUGAAAUCCGGUCAUUCGUUCUAAAAAAUCUAACCAUGAGCAUCCUGCCCUGUCAGCCGUUACAAACCGAUACAAAAUGUGUCCAUGGAUUGCGCCUACGC